ACAACUUAGUGCAAUUCGUUUUGAAAAUGUUUUCACACAACGUAAGUUUACACAUGAAGCGCUUUUUGCAGAGAUCGUAUAGGUUUUCAAGAUCAGCCCAAUUUUGCCAACACAUGCACGAUUCAAAUGACGCAAGAUCCCUUCAAAAUGCUCCUGGACCUGAAGAAAUUGGCCUUAUAUCAAAAGAGGCGGGGGCAUAUUUUAAAUCUCUACUACCAACCCUAGUGAAUGACUUCAUCGAUGCACCGUAUUAUAAAGAUUGUCCGGAGGUUGCAAGUCAAUGUAGAAAGAUGUUAGAGUACAAUCUGCCAUACGGAAAGAAAGUUAAUUCUUUCGGGGCGAUAGCAUUUUAUACGUCAAUGGAAGAUCCAAAUAAGUUAACCGAAGAAAAUAUUAGAUUAGUCAAUAUCUUGGGUUGGUGUAUACAGAUGUUGCAUACUAGUUACAUAAUAGUGGAUGACAUUCAAGACGGUUCUCCGACGCGUCGAGGAUUACCAUGUUGGUAUUUGGUGGAAAAUGUCGGAAUGCAAGCUAUCACUGAUGCAUUGUGGAUAUAUAAUGGACUAUUCAUGAUCAUAAAGAAAUACUUGAGGAAUCACCGCAACUACAUCUCGCUUGUUGAAUUAUUCCACAAAGUAAGUAGGGAAACGGCUAUGGGGCAAUCCGUGGAUUUGAUUUACGACAAACGUGGUGUACCUCAUUUCCCUCCGUAUAACAUAAACACGUAUAACUAUAUCGCCCGUUGUAAAACUGGGCCUUUGUUUACACUUCCCGUUAGAUCUGCAUUACUCUUAUGCGGUAUAAACGAUGAAGCUUUACACGAACAAGUAAACGACGUUAUGAUGGAAAUGGGAAGGCACUUUCAACUACAGAAUGAUUACUUGGAUUGUUUUGGCUAUAAAACUCUAACGGGAACGACUAGCACCGACAUUCAAAAAGAGGAAAAUUAUGGCGUGCUAGAUGAUAACGCUAUUUUGGCAGUUCGUUCCGUAUACGACCAGCUUGAUCUCCAAAAUUUAGCUUUGAUCCAUGAAGACGAAUCUGAUAAACAAAUUAGAUCACAAAUCGAUCGGCUACCCAAGAAAUUACCUCACGAUUUAUUUGUGAAAUUAUUGCAAACGACCAGUACCGAGACCAGUACACAAGCUACUGUUUAUACCGCUACCAUGGCAAGCAGUCAUCUCCAAAAUUUAUGUUUGAUGCAUGAAGACGAAUCUGAUAAGCAAAUUCGAUCACAAAUCGAUCGGCUACCUAAGAAAUUACCACACGAUUUACUUAUGAAACUAUUGCAUAGUAUUUAUAGAAGGAGCGGAUGA